UCUUACAAUGAAUCACAGCCAAGUCUAGAUAACAGCCUGAAAGACUCUUCACUAAUUUAACGUAAAGUUGAAUUUUUGUUGAACAAAUAGCGUCGGGAAUUAGUCACACGUAUAAUUAGACACGUAACUACAGCCAGGGGAAUAAGUUGCGGAGUGUUUUCUGCAUUUGAUAUAAAUUAAGUGUUUUUUAAACAAGGAAAUCGUGCGAGGCUAACGUAAUGUAGCAAGCUAAUCUCGGUUAGUAAUCUCAGUUAUCCAUCUGCCAACUCUCUUCUCGCAGACUGUAAUCCCACACUGAGGUAUGACUGAGUACAAGCUUGUGGUGGUUGGUGCAGGAGGUGUGGGGAAGAGCGCUCUCACCAUUCAGCUCAUCCAGAACCACUUUGUUGAUGAAUAUGAUCCAACCAUUGAGGACUCGUACAGAAAACAGGUGGUGAUCGAUGGUGAGACGUGUCUGUUGGACAUCCUGGACACUGCAGGCCAGGAGGAGUACAGCGCCAUGAGGGACCAGUACAUGAGGACAGGAGAGGGCUUCCUUUGUGUGUUUGCCAUCAACAACACAAAGUCCUUUGAGGACGUUCACCUCUACAGAGAGCAGAUCAACAGGGUGAAGGACAGUGACAGUGUCCCCAUGGUGCUGGUGGGAAAUAAGAGCGACCUGAGUACCCGCACUGUGGAGACACGACAGGCACAGGAGCUGGCACGAAGCUACAGUGUGCCCUUUGUUGAGACCUCAGCCAAAACCAGACAGGGAGUGGAGGAGGCUUUCUAUUCACUGGUGCGGGAAAUUCGAAGAUAUAAGGAGACCAACCGCAGCAACAAGAAGAGCAAGAAGAACUCUCAGAGACGUUGUUCAAUACUAUAGCAAACCACACACAUAGCACCAGGAUCCCUUAUGGCACUUGUUUCAUGCUCCCUCACUUACAGGUUUCAGGUGUAGCAAAAUCCAUUUCUACUGCUGUCACAGAUUCUACUAACUGUAUGCUGCCACAGGGUUUCCCAUUAAUUAAUUUUUUUGUGCAGUCACUUUUCUGUUUUGAUGAUCAAACAAUGGGAAACUACACUUUUGGGUCGAAUUUGUCGUUAGGUCAGCAUAUGUGAAAACUUUAAUUGGAUAAUGUGGUAGAAAGAUUUGUGAGAAGUUGUCUUUAUAGAUACUUUUUUUGUACGUAUAUAAUGUGGCCAGUUUGUUUUCAGCCCCGCGUGAUUGUAGGGGUCAAGGGUUUACUGCGGUGCAUCACUGCACUUUGCGCUGUUACAUCAGGUUAUGAUCUGAACUCAAAUCUCCUGGAUUUAUUACACCGUUCAGGUGAAUUGUUCAGUCUACAUCAGACUUCACAGAACAGCAAUAUAUAGUUAAUGAAAGUACUGUGAGACAGCUUCACCAGUAACAAAAUCCUCAGAUCUGUGUUCCAGACUCUUUGGUGCACUUUAUCCAUUUCAUAUUGUAUUUAUUAGUGUAUAAUUUGGGAUUAGUGAUUAAUUGUACUCAAAACAUCUUACAGUAUGUCUUAUCAAACGGAUUGAGAACUGUGUCAAGAGGCUAGUUGAAAGUUGAGUCCUGCUUCCAUAAUUUCACGCCUUCUUUAUCAUUGGAAGUGUCCUGCUGUUUGCACAAUCCAUCCAGUCGCACUAUAUUCCAAAGUCCACUUUAGUGCCAUUUUUUUGUUAGUCUGUGUGUUGGUGGUGCUUUCAGUUAGGUAACUGUGUUCAGAGCAUCUAGUGUGUGCGCAAAUAUCCUUGUGAUGACAUGAAACCAUGGGGUGGUUUAUGUUCUAAAAAGACCUGGGUUCACGACCCGGUCUGACCGAGGGCCUUUCUGCAUGGAGUUUGCAUGUUCUCCCUAUGUGUGCAUAGGUUUUUACCAGGUUCUCCGUGGUUCCUCCCACAGUCCAAAAACAUGCAGAAGUUAAUUGAACACUCUAAAUUGCCUGUAGAUGUUACUGUGUGAGUGAAUGGUUGUUUGUGUGUGUUGGCCCUGCAUUGGACCGGCGACCUUUCAAGGUGUUCUCUCAUGAGGAGGAUAAAGCAGUAGACGAUGGAUGGUGUACUUUGAUAAAUACUCACUCUUAAUGCAAUUGAUUUUUACAUUUCUAUUUUUGUAGUUUUGCAAUUGACCAGCAUCUGCUUUAAGAAACAGCUGUCCACAUGAUGUCAUCCAUAUCCAAGACUCCUAAUUUCCGAAUGUAAUGCAAUACAAAUAUUUGAUGUGAUCAGAACACACCUGUCACUUACAGCUUUGUAGGUGACAUCACUGUAUUGCACUCUUCUGUAACCAACAAGUAAAUGUCUGUAGCUUUUA